CACCAUUCAAACCCUCGCCCCAUUCCUCCCCUCUCGCUAUCCGCUCUCUGCCAGUGCCUACCGAAGUUUUUCGAUUUCGAAACCCUAACAACGAAUCUCUCUCGAGCUUCCGUUCGAUUCAAUCUCCUAUCGCUCUCUCUCAAUCGCUCUCUGUCUGCCUCUCUCUGUCAACUCUCUUUCACCUCCUCAUCCCUCAAUCUCCAAACGAUCCUCUCUCAUUGACCGUCCGAUGGCUGAAGGCAAGCUUGAUCUUCCCGAUGAUCUUCUCUCCUCCAAGCCCUCUGAUCAUUCUUGGACCUCUAAAGUCAUGACAGUGGACGCUUCUGGAGGGAAUGGUGAAGACAAGAUGAUCGGUUAUGAUUCCAAAGAUCAAGCAGCUUUGGACAACAGCAUUCCCCUGUCUCCUCAGUGGCUUUAUUCUAAACCAGGCGAUAGUAAGAUGGAAAUGCGGGCACCAAGUUCUCUCUCCCUUGGGAGUUCUGCUGACUCGGGUUUGAAGGAGGCUUGGCGUGCGGAUGGAUCUGAUGACAAGAAAGAUUGGAGGAAGUCUGGAAGUGAGACAGAAAGCGGGCGUCGCUGGCGUGAAGAAGAAAGAGAAACAGGAUUACUUGGCAGCAGAAGAGAGCGCAGGAAAACCGAUCGCCGUGCUGAUGUGGCGUCUGAUAACAGAGCUCCUUCCUCUGACAAGUGGCUUGAUGUGGGUAACCGUAAUUCUGGGAACGAGGCAAGGCGUGAUAGCAAAUGGUCAUCCAGAUGGGGCCCAGAUGAGAAAGAAAAGGAGAAGGAGAAGGAGAAGAGGACAACAGAUGCAGAGAAGGAAGAUGAGUCUCACUCUCAAGGAAAUGCAGGCAACAACACUAGAGUGGUCUCUGAGCGUGAUCCCGAAUCACGUGAUAAAUGGAGGCCACGACAUAGAAUAAUGGAGGCAAGUUCUGGUGCCUUUCGUGCUGCACCUGGAUUUGGGGUUGACAAAGGAAGGGUUGAGGGAUCAAACUCAAACUCAAACUCAAACCCUAACAUGGGGUUUACUGUUGGACGUGGCAGAUCUAGUGCUACUGUUGCUGUAAGGCCUUCAUCUCCAGGUUCCAUCGAGGGUGUGCCUGGAAAGCCUCCUGGGGUUGGGGAUAUGUUUUUCUACCCAAGGGGAAAGCUUCUUGAUAUAUACCGUACACAGAGACUUGACCCUUCUUUUGGUAACAUGCCUGAAAAGAUUCAGGAAGUACCUUCUAUUACUCAAGUAGCUGCACUGGAACCUCUUGCUUUUGUUGCUCCUGAUGCAGAAGAGGAGGCCAUCCUUGGUGAUAUUUCCAAGGGAAAACUCACUGGUAGUGAGUUGGUGGCCAGCAGGUCGAGAGUUAUCGGGUCAUCUGAGAACAUUACAGUUGUCUUGGAUUCAACAUCCACUGACGGGAAAGAUGGUACUCUACUCUCGGGAGACAAUAUGAUUGACCAAAAUCAAAAUGAUUCACGCUUUGAUAGUCAAAGAUUUAAAACAAGAGAGGGGCAAGAUGCUAAUUGGGAUCAAGAGCAAGAAAUCCCUCAGAUGGAAUCAUAUGCACUGCAAACACGGUCAAACAGCAGUACUAUUGACCAGAGUCAUGAUAAAGCUUCUAAUUUUGACGGCGUAGAUUUGGCUUCUAUGGGGCAUCGGCCGUUUAAUGAUGUCCAGCCAUCUUCAUUUGAUAUCAAUUCAAAUCUUGUUGAUGAAUCGAACUCUGUAUUUGUUAAUCCAUCUUCUGAGCAAUAUUGGACAAGAAAUAUGCAGGAUAAUACAAAUGAACAAUUAACAAGUGGCAUCAUGCCUGAGGAGUUAAGUCUUUACUAUCGUGAUCCUCAAGGGGAGAUCCAGGGGCCAUUUCUUGGAGUAGACAUCAUUUCAUGGUUUGAGCAAGGAUUUUUCGGGGCAGAUUUGCCAGUUCGAGUGGCAGAUGCACCAGAUGAAGCUCCUUUCAUGGAAUUAGGUCAUGUUAUGCCACACUUGAUUCCCAGGCAUGAUUACACCACCAGCAAUGAUCCAAGUCCCAACUUGGACAAGUCAUCUGAUGGUUUCCAAGGGAGCCUGGAUGCUAGUGUUUCAGUUCCUGCUCCUGUUUCUGAAAUGGGCUUUUUGUCUGCCUCAGAUAAUCCACAUUGGCAAUUGCCUGAGUUCAAUGGUUUGUCAGGAAAGCAUGCUCAAGUCAGAAUACCUGACCAUGAAGGCUCUUUGCAGCAUUUAUACUCUGAGGGUCAAAGCUUCCAUGAUGAAGAAAUUGUUUUCCCAGGAAGACCUGGCAGCAGCGAGUCUGCAUCAAAAUUUAUGAACAACCACACUGUUCCAUCUGAUUUAAUCGAACCUGGCAUACAGAGUAGUAGCGAGAAUAAGAUGCACCCUUUUGGAUUGUUAUGGUCUGAGCUAGAAGGGUCGAGUUUGAGAAAUGAUCAGCCAUCUAAGACAAACUUGGCUGGUGGUAUCCAGCAGCAAUUUGUGAAUUUACCAAGUCAGAGGGCCUCUUCUUUCAACACAAUACCUGAUGCUGAUGAAUGGUCAGAUAUUUAUAGAAGAAAUGCCAUGGAUCAACAGGCCAAUGACUUUGAUUUAUCGGAAAAACUUAGGUCUCACCAAAUUCAACAACAGCUGCUCCAACAGCAUAAUCUGCUCAACUCUCAACAUCACUUGAAUGAAUCAAUGCUGGACCAUGUUUCUAUAAACCCAAAACAGUUGGCUGGACAAACUGGGCAAGGUCUUGAUCACCUAAUGGCACUACAGUUGCAGCAGCAGCAGAGGCGGAUUGAGCUUCAUCGGCAGCAUCAAUUACAGUCGCAUCAGUUGAAUCAACAGCAAAUGCUGCUCAAGGAACAGCAAUCACGGCAGUUACUUCUUGAACAGUUGGCCCAAAAUCAGAUGCGUGCAGCACAAGCACAAUCACGUGCGGAUGCUGCAAGAUCAAAUAAUGCACUCGAUCAGAUUCUUCUCAAGCAUCAGAUCUUGAAUGAACUUCACCAGCGUUCACAGCAUGUCGAUCCAUCAUCAAUAGAGCAUCUGAUUCAAGCAAAGUAUGGUCGUCAAGGUCAAGGUCAAGGACAUCCAAACGAGCUGUUGGAGCUCAUUGCACAUGCGAAGCAUGGCCAGAUGGAACAUCAUAUGCUUCAGCAGGAGCAGUUUCAGGGAAGGCAGCAGCUGCCUUUGCCUUUGGGUUUGGGUUUAAGGCAGAGGAUGGAGAUGGAAGAAGAGAGGCGUCUUGGUUCUGUCUGGCCUGGGCCGGUUGAUGAAACCACUCAGUUUCUAAGAAAUGCUGGUGGGCUUCACCGGGUCAACUCCAGUGGCCUCAGUCCUUUAGAUGUUUAUCAGCAACAACAGAGACUGCCUUCAGAGGAGUUGAGUCAUUUUGAGAGGAAUCUUUCAAUGCAAGAGAGACUUCAGCAGAGUGUUUAUGAACGCUCGUUACGUAUGCCAGGUGGUGGUCCUGCAAUGAACCUUGAUGUUAAUUCCAUGGGUCGAGUUAAUCAGAAUAUGCAGGAGUUCAAUGCUCCAUUGCACCACGGUGGUGUUGCUAAUCAGCAUCCGUUAGCCUCGAACUGCUUCCAUCCCUCCUCUCAAAUGGGUGUGGGUGCAGAGGGAGCCUGGUCUGAAAGCAAUAAUGGGAUUGGGCAUGGGCAUGGGCAAAUGCCAAACGAGUGGAUGGAGUCGAGGAUUCAACAACAGCAGCCGCAUAUUGAUAAUGGAAGGCAGAAGGAAGUGAGAAGGAUUUCUGAAGAUCCGAGUGUUUGGAUGUCUGCUGGAAGCAAUGAUGACCCUUCAAAGAGGUUGCUUAUGGAACUGCUUCAACAGAGUCAGAACCCCCCAGAGAUUCAAUCAUCUUCUACUGAAGAAACAUUAGCAUUGGAUGUGAGUAAUAAUCAUAAUAAUAAUAAUAAUAUGGUACGAUUCGAGAAUAGGGAUUAUUUUAGGACCAACUCCAAUCGUUCCAUGAAUCAAGACGUUGGGCUUAAUCACCCCUCAUUUGCUGGUGCGUCUUAUGGCUCUAACUCAGGCAACACAUCACAAGGACUGCUGGUGGAUGAGACAAUAAUUGGUUUGCAUACUACUAGAUCUAGUUCAGGAGCAAUGGCAAGUCCAUUCUUUUCUGACAUUAAUGAAUCCUCUGACAACAUGGCGGCCAUAGAACGAGGCUUUUUUGAUAUAGAGGGAAACAGAAGAUUACUUAAAACCGAAGGUAAGGGUGUAGAAGAAGAAAUAAUAUUUCAGCAGGGUGACCAUGGGGAAAUGCCAAAUAAUGUUGGAAGGCACACUAGUGCUGCUGCUGUCUUUGCAGGUCAAGGUGGGAAUAAAAACUUGUACAAUGAGAAGAUUGCAGGAGAGGCUAAAGACAGCAGCAGGGGGAUGGUGCCUACAUCAAAGAGGUCUACUCCUGAUAAUAUCUUGGUGGGACGUGCAUCAUCAUCAUCCUUAUCAUCCCAUGAAGGGUUAUGUGAGGUGGCUUCUAGAGGAAGAGAUGGCCAUAGCCUUGAUGAAGCAGGUGGAGGUGGAAGAGAAAACAUGUUAAUGGGUGGAAAGAAUAAGAAAGAGGAGGGUCGAUUCAGGAGAACAUCAUCAUCAUCAUCAUUAUCAUUAUCACUGAGCGAUGCUGGUGAUGUGUUAGAGACGGCAUCUUUCAGUGAUAUGCUUAAAAGCAAUCAUAACAAUACUAGUAAUAAUAAUAAGAAGCCCCCCUUGGCAGCAGCAGAUCCAGCAGCAGAGGCUACAGCAGAGGGACAUAAUAGCAAAACUGGUGCUGGUGCUGGCGGUGGGAAAAAGAAAGGCAAAAAGGGGAGGCAGAUCGACCCGGCUCUGCUUGGUUUUAAGGUUACCAGCAACCGCAUUAUGAUGGGAGAGAUCCAACGCAUUCAAGAUUGAACAAGUUUGUUUUUUCUCUCUUUCUUGUGGUAUUUAUGUGUUUGUUUUUUUUUUCUUCACAAUUUACAACCCAACAACAUGUAACAUCUUUUAACCCACCCAACAAAAUAGAUUAGGUUGCAUAUGUUAACUGCAUGUAUAGGUAAUAGGAUGUAGCAGUCAACAUAACAAAUUGGCCACCUUGUAUAAUUUUUGUAUAUUCUGUUUGACAGAGUUGAAUUCAACCAAAAUAUGGAACAAACUGAGUAAGCUACUCA